AUGGUGGUCCACCUUGGGUGCGAGGGAGGCCCCGGACUCCGACUGUCACUCCGGCGACAGGAGGAUUCUGCAGCCGCUAUAUCAACCGGCACGGAUGUUUCUCUUUCUUCACAUGACGAAGAUCAGGGAUCUAAACUUACCUGGAAAGCUAGAGAGGCACCCUUUGUUUCCAUUGGAAUGGCGGGGUUUGCAGCAAUCGUUGCAUAUGGAUUAUAUAAAUUGAAGAGCAGGGGAAAUACGAAAAUGUCUGUUCACCUGAUCCACAUGCGUGUGGCAGCCCAAGGCUUUGUCAUGGGAGCAAUGACCCUUGGUGCAAGCCAUUCCGUGUAUAAGGAAUUCUGGGCAAAGCCUAAACCUUAGAAGAAGAGAAGUUGUCUUGGUUUUGUUGGUGGUGCUUGCUUUAGUUAGGCAUCUCAUAUUGAGUUUGUAUGUUUAUAUUGAAAAUAAAUCAUCUGAAUGGGUCAGACAAUAACACAGUAAUUUAAAUUUUGGCUUCCUUUCUUGCGGGCUUGAAUU